AUGCGUAAUGUUGCAGCCAGUCAAAUUGUAAUAUUUUCCAGAGAUGUUACUGCAGUAUUUGAUGGUCAGGGAUACAAGCUGAACACAUGGCUGUCUCUUUGUGCUACCUGGUACUGGAAAGAUGGCAACACUGGUGGUAGAAGCCAUUAUCAGCCAAACUGUGAAUGGCUUGAUGAGCAGGAUUCCCAUGGUGGAGGAUUCAAUGCCAAACAGUCUUUUGUUGGCAUGAUCUCUGAUGUCCACAUGUGGGACCACGUCCUCUCCCUCCAUCUUUACACGGACAGCCUAAACUUCACGCUGGGGAAUGUGCUAAACUGGAGGGCGCUUGACUUCCAGAACAAAGGCAUAGGCAUGUCCACCAUUUAUGCUUAA